UUUAUGCUCCAUGUCGGCGUUUGGCGGUGUGGUUGUAUACACGAGGAAUUUUCAACGCGUUUACCGCGUAACUAACUAUUAAUAAAGUGAGGUUGUGACUACGAUUACUUCUGGAAGGCAUGCCUCAUGUCAGCGGCGGUGAUGGUGUGGAUCUAUCGCCGAAAGAUGAAAUUAAAGUGUUCCAAGUGGAAGGUGAGGGUGAGGAUGAGGAGAGAUCGUCUGCUGAAAAUCUGAAGGAGGUCAAAACCAGCCUUGUUACUGAAGUUACAGAAGAAGAGGAAAAAAGUGUCGCCCAAAUACCAAGUCAGAGUUUUCUGCCAUCCAAAAAUGCUCAAGUUUCAAGAUCAGACCUUAGUUCCUUGCCUGGGCCUGGAAAACAAUUUGAAUAUCUUCCUCCAUCGCCUUUUGGAUAUGUUGUAUCACCAUAUCAUCCUCAUCCAAAUGGAACUCUGGGUGCUUUACCAAUGGUCAGUAGGGUACCAUUGGUUCCACCAAAUCAUGCUCCUACAUCUCUUUCCCUCAUGAUGUACAAUGCAGAGCCAUUUCAGCCACCACCAGCACAUAUGGGUAUUCCACCAGUCCACAUAGAUCCCAAAACAGGAAUCCCCAGACAUCCUGUCUAUCCAUUACCUACACCAAAUCCUUAUCAUCCUGUAUUUAAUUCAGAUUUUGCUCAGUUUACAUGGCACUCUAGUGGUAUGUACCCCAUGACAUCUAGUUUCCGACCUCCUCCUUAUCCUGCAACAAUACCUAUACCAACAAGCAAUUUGCCAAGUAAAUUUUCACCUCCAACACUCAUACCUCCUCAUCCUGGUAUUCCUACCAGCAUGAGUCAUCAUCCAUUAUUGGGUCCAGGGCCAAAGAUUGAAAUGCCUGAUUCUCAAGACAAUCGUUACCUGUGCAAUUUUACUUCCAGGCAUCUUCCUAAUUUCAAUCAUCAUAGUCACCACCAAAGCAACCAUAGUUCAACCUCAAAUCAAAUAAAUCAGCCACAGAAUUCAAGUAAUCUUAAUGAUGGAAAUGCAGCUUCUCGGGCCCUACGCAAUGAAAAGAAGAAGUCUCACAUCAAGAAACCUCUCAAUGCCUUCAUGCUUUAUAUGAAAGAAAUGAGGUCAAAAGUUGUACAAGAAUGUACCCUCAAAGAAAGUGCUGCUAUAAAUCAAAUUCUUGGAAGGCGGUGGCAUAAUUUAUCGAGGGAAGAACAAGCAAAAUAUUAUGAAAUGGCAAGGAAGGAACGUCAGUUGCACUUGCAGAUGUAUCCAGGAUGGACAGCUCGUGAUAAUUAUGCCAUCAAUGCCAAAAAGAAAAAACGAAAGAGAGAUAAAAGUCAAGAAGGAGAUGGCAACAACCCAAAGAAGUGUCGAGCGAGAUUUGGGCUCGAUCAACAGAGUAGUUGGUGUAAACCUUGCAGGCGGAAAAAGAAAUGCAUUCGUUACAUUAGUGGUUCGGACAAUACUGGUGAAAGUGAAGAUAAUGUUGGUAGUGUGGGCAGUGUGGGAAGUUUAGAAGCUCCUACUCCAGAUUCUAGGUUUGGUGCCGACAUUAAUCAUCUCACUGACAAUGAUUCAGGCAAUGGAGACGUUGAUGAUGAUCUUGAAGUUUCUUCAGAAUUCAGCCUUUCAAGCCCUCCAGUUCCUAGGCCCACGGACAGCGUGCAAUCAGUGCUGGAAAAUGGUAGGCCACCAAUUGGUAGCCCUCCAUCACAGCAAAGCCACCAUCCUUUAAAUGUACAACAUUUGUCCAGGCCCUCUGGCCGCCAUGUGCCAGACAGUCCAGAUGGAGACCUGGCUCAUGUCAGUCUACCACAGCUACCCACACCGCCUUCCACAGACUCUUCUACGACAACGGCCCCUCCUUUGCUUGCCGUUACGUAGCACAUGUUGUGUGAUUAGUUUUGAAAAAACGUGUGAUGUAUUAAGGAUUUUCCAAAAAAUCCGGACAAUUGUGAAAGUAUUUUUCUUUAUGUUUAUUGUAGAUAACUGUUUUAAAGUGCUCCUUUUCGUACGAUAUAAGAGCUUCGAUUUUUAUUACCAGCUCAAUGUUUUAAUGACUGUUUUUGUUCUCAUUGAAAUAAACAUUGGAGUCAUGUGAAUUGUUGACAAUUUAAAUCCACUGUAUAUUUUUAACAUUGUCACCAUUGUGUUUUAUUUGGUUGGUUGGUUGAGUGCAAACGUAUUCCUUUUCUGUGUAUAUUAUUUUUGUCAUGUUUGAGUAUUACUUUAAAAAUUGCAAUCUAAGUUUAAUUUAGAUGUACAUAUGCAUAUAUAUUUUUUAACAUUCUUCGCAUUUUCAAUCUAAGCAUUUAUUGUUAGGCUACCAGUUCCUGCCAUUAGUGAAAAGCUAUUCGAGAUCUCUAUAUCUAUCUCAUCCUCAUUUUAUAUAGAAAUAAAAUGUGCAAAGCUGCCACCAGAUUUUCUGAUUUUUUGCAUUUUUCAGAUUUGUUUAAACUUUUGAAAUAGUUAUUGUAUGUAAUUGUUGAUGAAUUUACUUUUAACAUUAUUUUUUUGCACAGUUGUUUGGAUAAAGUCAUAAAAAAUAAUCUUUUAUUUUACUUUACUUGAUUUUGAUAUUGUUAACAUUAUGUCAAAAUUAUUUCUUGGAAAAAUUGCAUUGAAUAGUAACUGAAAUUAUUAAUGAGAAAAUAUUUAAAUUUUUAAAAAAGAUUUUUUUAUGUAAUUGCUGUAUUAUAAAGUUUAUGUAGUGGGUUAAGUGUUAAAAUAUUUGAAAAUCAGUUUACAUUUCCUUCAACAAUGUAAUGAAUAAUUUUUAAAAUGAUCUUGAGCCUUCAGUUUUAAAGGAUCAUGAAAGUUCUUGAUGUUAGCAAAAGCCUUUUAUACAGUAUGUCUUAAUAUGAUAAUUAAAAAAAAUUGCACAACAACCCUUAGUGAGCAGGGCCUGCAGUGCCCUGAUAUUUGCUUUCAUGACUGUGGUAUUAGAUAUUUGGAUUAAUAAUAUAACUGUAGCAAAGUUACAUUUUUCAAAAUAGAUAGUUUAAAACUGUAAGUAACUUGUAAAUGACUUUUAUUCAAACAGUUUUAGUUACUUUAAUAGUAAAACAAAGGAAUAAAUUUUAAUCAUUUAAGUCAUUGUUCCUUUUGAUUAAAAUUUAGCCAAAUUUAACCUGGCUGUGCAUUCUGGUUUGUAGUUUUCUUUUAAUAUAAGUACAUUUUGCAACUAUAGCUCUGGGCAUUAUUAAUGUAAUUUUCAUUUUACUUAAUUUCAUUAUUUAUUUCUAUUUGAUGAUGCAAGGUUUGACAGCUUUGCAUUUUAUUUCUUUGACAAUCAUGUGCUUUAUAUAUAUAUAUAUAUAUGUAUUAAAAAUUAUUAUCAAGCAUUUUAACAUUAUCUGCUCUGGUGUAAAAUGUGAGACCAUAUACAUCAUACCAUUUUAAAUAUACCAGAUGUAUGAGAAAGCUGUUAAUUUGAAAAUAUGUGAGAACCAAUUUUUACAGUGAGAAUAAAAACAGAUUAAAUUUUUUUAA